AGAACAGACCUAAUUUCUCUCUUUCUCUCUCUCUCUCUCUCUUUCAUAAAUUGAUAUAUUUAUUAAAUUCCUAGAGAACUCACUAGAAUUGAAGUGUAAAAAGUACAUGCAAUAAAUCUAGUGUUAUUUAUGUCAAAAUUACAUAUCUGACAUAUGAGAUAUUAAACAUUAACAUUUUUUUGUUAAAUUAUUAUUAUAUUAUUUCAGUGAAUAAUUUUUCAACAAUAUCGUAUAAAAUUGUUCAAUAAUAUCGUAUACUAUCUUAUAUUCAUUGAUACAAGCGGUGUCUGGUGCAAAAUGCUGCACUUGGCAGCAGUGCUUAACGUACUUCGCAGUUGUAGUAGUUCGCGGUUUUAAAAUGCUCACAUGAGUGGCAAAGUGAAUGAGGGACUAUACUAAUUUUCGUAAUACGAUUCCAAAUUAUCGUGUUCGUCUCAUAAAUCUCUCUUGAUUGCACGUACAAUUUCAUCUCUCAUGCGUCCCUCGAGCGAUUGUGCGGGAGAAUUGUGAGAUUUGGCGCCAACAUAACCUUACUUCGAGUUGCGAGAACGGUUUUAAAUGCAACUUUCGGCACGUGUGAUAUUUCGGUAGCGCGCGUAAGACAUGAAGGAACUAGAAGAGGUCAGCUGCGAGAUUCGCAGGAUAGUGCAACUUCAAUUUUCCGUGUCAAAUCGCUUGAGGUAUCCGGAAGCGGAGGAACAUGGACAGUCUGCAGUCGCCGAAGAACACAACAACGUUAAUAAUUAUCGCGGAGGAUUUUUGCAUAAUGCAACAUAUGCAUGGCUGAGUUAUGGUUGCCACUUAGUAGUCUUUAAUGUAAAACUAGCAGAAAAUAUCAGCAGUUGGAGGUUUCGUGGUGUUGUAACAUCUGUUUCCCAGUUUCCUGCACAACCUGGAAAAUUGCCAUUGUUGCUGGUUGGAGUAGACAAUUUCGCGAAAAAAUUAAAGGAUUCCUUCGGCUUAUUGUGUAUAUUUGACUGUACUGUAUCACGUGUCUUAAGGGCGAUUCAGGUACCAUGUGGUAUAGAACAAGUAUGUAUCGUAUCUGGUGGGGCAGAAUGGGAAGAAUUCAACGACAAAAGACCGGAUAAUAUAUUAAGCGGGAUGGAUGGAAUAGCCUGUGUAACGUUACGUAAUCUUCAGCACAUUAUGGUUGAUCUUAGAAGAUCCACAUGGGACACGCAUGAUUUAUUCGACAUUAGAGAUGAAACUUUACCGGCGGAAAUUUAUUCUCUGUCGGAGAAACAAAUUAUUGGCAGACAUCAAUCCAAUCAGGAAAAACAUGCGACUUACAAUUUGCUGGACAAUCGUAUAGAAAGGCACAUUGGCUUCAACAGAGAAAAGUUUGAAUCGUGUCCUUUGUUCAACGAGAACUUGACCACCGCGAUCAUUAGUUCCACGAAGAUCGGCUGUUCAAUCUUGGGCUGCUUGGGCAGAAUAAUCAUUUGGCAGAAUGAUGGCUCGUUAGGCUGGAUUAGCAAGCCUCUCGACGAGAGCAUGACGGUCACUCACUUGGCCUUGUUGGAGCCCACGGAUGAUCCCAGACCGUUUUAUUACCUGUGGGCAGUGUUUCAGGAUGAAUCGUCAAACGUGUCCCCGGUAUUGCGAAUGUACGCUAUGCUAUUCGAGAGAAAGUACUGCGAUAGGGGGAUGAAUCUGUACUUCAACCUGGAAGCUGAUCCCAGUUUGAAGUUUGAGUCCGAGUUGGGCGAAAGGGACAAGGUCAUUAGUCUGUGCACCGUCGAGAGAGAGUCAAACCCGGAACAGACCGAAUCGGGGGCUAAGAGAGGCGAGGACAAUCUGCUGCUCAUUGCCACUAAUGACAAGGUCCUGUUGUUCGACUUGAAUCAAUGGUACAAGGAGCAGAUGCCGCGCACCGUUAACGAGUGUCAGAAUCCGAAUAGCAUACUGGCGCUUUACCGCACCCAGUCGGACGCCUAUAACGUGGACAAUCAGAUUGUAAACUUCGCGUACGUGCCAAUGAGCCUGCAGGAGUUUCCCAGCAACGGUCCGAGCUCGCCCGAAGAGCUGUUCUAUCCCAAUUCCUUAUCACUAGAGUGGGUGGAGUUGAGUUCAACGAAACUGACGUUCUGGAUGACUCGCGGCAUCCAGGCGGAUUUGUUACGCGAGAUGACGAUGGUGGGCCCGAGCAUCUUGUUACAGCCGUCCGAGACGUUUCACCGAUGUCUCUCCGCGGGAUUAGUGCCAUUCAAUUCAGAAUUCUCAUUCGGGAGCGAUCAGAACGCGCAACGAGAAAUGUUGUUGUCCCUCUGUUUGGAGCAGCGAUGGUCGACGUUUUUAGUAAAAUGUGCCAUGGAGUGGUCUGACGGUAGUGCCUCGUACUUGUACCCCACUUUCCUCAAGUGGGGUGUCCAAAGAGCAUCUGAAAUCAAGAUAUUCGCGGAUCGACUCUGCGUUCCUCUCUUCGACCAGUCAGGUAGCAGUAUCGGCGAGGCCGACGUGAAGACGCUGCGAUUUUGCUCGCAGCAAUUAGAGUGCCUGUCUAGCGUGGUAGGUAAGCUACCGUUCACAACAACGGACCUGAUGAAGCAACGGAGGACGCUGGAACGUGUCUCCACGUACUUCCAAGUGCUCAUUUGGUUCUACGAUGUUGGACUGUUGCCCGAAACGCAGGACUUGGAUGAGGGCGCUUUGCCUAUCUCCUUAGCGUUGAAAGUGCCUUACCCGUACGAGAAGCUUUUGGCGCUUUACAAAGAGAAACGAGCUCAGGUUCAGACGAGAAGUAAUAACGGCGGCGACGACGAAAACGACGGGGAGAACUUUUUCAUCGAUGAGCUGAUAACACGCGAGUGUUCCAAAUUGAAGGCACAGUGGGAGAGAGAGGGUGGCACUGCUACAGGCGGCUGCUAUCCGCCACCGUCGUUGCAAUCCCUGCUACGAAGUUACUUAACUGAUUGUCACCAGACGGAAGAGAACGAGACCAGCUGUAAGCAUCAGAUUACCAUUUAUCUUCUGAUGGAUCUGGCUAUGCUGCUGCAACGGUCUUAUCCCGCGGUGGAUCAGCUCAUCAAGUAUCCGUCCGCGUUCAAGAUGAGCCCAAGCCUUAUUAAGCUCACUCAGGCAUUUUGGCUGCUCGAUCACGAAGACUAUCAGGGUUUCCUCGACAUGAUGACCGGUCAACUGAUCUCCGACUUUGACGUCAAGGAUUGGCAUCACAGAUUAAUACUACGUACAUUGAUACGCAACAGCCAGCACAAACUGGCACUCGUCUACCUCCGCGUGAGGAAACCACCUCUGUCUUCCAUGGAGGAGCAAGGUGUGGCCGUAAGUCUAUCGGUGGAGCACGGUCUGGUGCAGUCGGCCUUCCAUCGCCGACCGCCUUGCCACUACGAACAACUAUUGACCUGUUUCUUUCAAGCGUGUAAGAAAUACGGCAAGCUCGACGAGAUUCUGCAUCUAGCGCUAGACUUCGAGGAGGAGGAAAUGUUCGUCAAAUUCCUCGAGGAAAACAAGACGCAGGAUCUGCAGAUGUUGUAUUACUUGCAGCGAUGUCGUUACACGGAGGCGAUCAGCGGCUAUCCGAUCCGACAAUACCAGUCGAGUUUCACUAAGAACAUGCAGUCCACGUCUCUUAGUAUGCUCGGCGCGUAUAAUGACACCCUGCCCGAUGUCACGAAGCGGUUCACCACAAACGCGGCGGCGACGGACAUGGACCUGGAAGCCCAUUAUCCCCGGCCGAUGUCGCACUGCAAGAGCCACGACAAAUUGCGCAGCAUACACGAAACAGUAAUUACGAAAGCCAGAGAAACGUAUCUUCGGGGAGAGAAAUGUCAAAUCCCGUUCGUCAGCGCGCCCUGCAUGUCAUUAAAGUUGAGCAAUCGCAGUGCGAAUAUGAACUGCGUGUUAUUUCCGACUCUGGUAUGUAAAAGCUACGACAAACGUACGGUGGAUCAGAUCUACGAAGGAGAGGAGGCCAAUCACAUGUCGGACAGUGUGAAACGCCGGAAACUAUCAGAUGGAACCGUCUCGCCGAGCAAGGCAGACGCGAAAGGAUCAGGAUUGACAACAGCUUUUGAGACACCUCUGGUAAAGCGUAAGCUCAACACGUCCACGAGUAAAGGCAAUGUUUCGGAGACACCACAGUCAAUUCUGAAGAUUAGGCAACUUAUAAGAAGUUCGACCUCACCCAGCGCCACGACGUCGCAAUCAAGCGAGGUCGCUGACCUCGGGUUUGAAAGAGACAAAAAAGUUAGUAGACAAAUACGAUUUAAUAUCAGUCAAACCAAGAAGGCUUUGACAUACUUGGAAGAGGGGCAGGAGGAAGAGAAAGAAGACAGUGAUAAGAGCAACGCGUCAAGAGAGAGCAAAGAUGCGUUUUUCAGUCCGGAAGCGAGUAAUAAAACACAUUACAGCGAAAGCGCGGUCCUGAGCAGUAACAGCAGCCUCUCUAACAAGAGCUAUUGCUGUCCUCGUCCGCGACGCAGCCUCAGAAGAAGUGCCUUACAAUCGUCCGUAGAAUUGUUACAAGAAGAAAGCGCGAAGAAAGCAAGUGAUUCGUUUGCGAACCCGGUCGCAACGGUCUCCCAAGAGGUCGGCAAAGCACCAUUCGACCCAAAUAUAUCCAGCAGACGCAGUUCGUUGGUCUCUGAAUAUUCAAACGCUAUACUGUCCCUCAAUAGCAGCGUUGACGACAGUUACUCGAGAGGACUGGAUCGCACCAGUUCUUCACUGUGGAGAUUGUCCAUGGAGAAGGACCGUAACAAUAAAUUUGCCAUUUCAUCUACACCACUGACUAAGAGAAUAGUUUCUCAGACACGUGUCAACGAUGAAAACGUGAUGAGAAUGGACGACGAUGAAGAAAAUACAGAAGAUUCGUUAGUGAGUGACAUGCAUAAUGCAGAGGAGGAGCUUGGCGUGCCAAGCGAAUUCAAGAAGUCUUCUUACAUCGAACUACCUGAUUACAAUAGGAGCGACUUCAAAGAAUCACAAAAUAAUGUAGAGAAAGACGUACAAGAUUUACAGGAUGAGAGUGAAGAAAGCGAAGAUCAAUCCAACAAUGGGAGCAUCGCAAAAGAAGAGAGUCCGAAUUUACAGAAUCCUCAUGAGAAACAAAAUGAACUCCUCGAGUUCGGAAUUCCGGAAUUGAGUCCGACUGUAUCGGACGAGUCUGACGAAGAACUGCUUCAGCUGCAGAUAAACGAGGAGAGUAACGAUGAACACGAGGAGGAGGUGUUCGAGAGCCUGUCCACAACCCCAGAAGAUGUACAAUUGGAGGAUGUUUUUGUUUCUCGCUUAUCGGAUCAGACUUGGAAACCGACGUACAAAACGGAAGAACACGCUACCACGAAAUCUAAUGGUCUACAAGAGCCGAUGCAAGUGAUAGUCGACGUUGAUUUCACUGACGACGAGAGCAGCAGGGACGUCAUUCCGACAAUAUCCAACGAGGCAGAUAACGAGAGGAAAGAGAAAGGCCCGACUAUUCAUUCGGAGAACGUAUUUCACGAGAUACUGGACAUUACAGACGACGAAUCUGAUUCCAGCUCUAGGGAAAGUGAAGAACAAAAGGCGAGAAACGGUAGAAUCUCCAGUGUACAAGAACAACGUAUAAUGCAAAAUGUCGAAAUGGAAACGAAGGAUGAAUCUAAUAAAACGUCUCGAAAAUCGACUAGGAGAGAGAGCAUCGCAAAGAAAGACGUUCAUGAGACUCCAUCGCAGUCUGAUAAUAAAUCUAGUACACAGUCGAGCUAUAAAGCAGGCAGCAGUAGACCUGAGAUCGUGGAGAAGAGCACAAGAGGUCAAACUGAAUCCAAGAACGAUUCAUCAGUACGAAUGACUAGAUCACGUAGAGCGAGUUCGUUGGCAAAAGACACAGCGGCGGAUACAACGUUGCGGCAAGCGGACUCGGAGAGAGUCACGCGUCAAAGAAGAGGAAGUUCAAUGGUGAAGGAUGCAACGACCGAUUCUCCGCCACGAAGUGUCGCAAAACGAUCACGAAGAGCAAGCUCGACGGCGAAAGAGAUUAUCUCUUCGUUGCAAGAUGCCGCCGAGAAACCUUCGCGAUUGCGAAGAAUGACGGAUUCUCCAAUUCCUUCGUCGCAUAAAGAACAUCCUGAAACACCACCGCGAUUAAGAAGAGUGAUUAAGCAGAGUCCGACAACAAAGGACAUAAGAAUAGAUUCCCCGAAAAGACCGCGUGGCCGAAGAGCAAGUUCCCUCGCGAAAGACGUACUGAUGAGCUCGGUGGUAAUAGACGAAGACCUCAGACCCGUGACUCCAUCAGAACCAGGAAAUUCUGAUGUCCAACCAUCAGUGAGAAGAGGUCGCAGAUCUACAUCUGUGGUAAAAGAAAUCCUUCAGACCGAGAUGAAAGAUAGUGAUACCGAGAGUGUCAAGGACGAGUUACCAGUAAGAAGAAGCGCGAGACUCACCUCUUCCGCAAAAAGAACAUUGAUGGACGUAUCGAAGAACCUUACGAGAUCGGAGAGCGCAUCAUCCCUCUCGAAACUGACGAGCGAUGAGGAAGAAGAGAAAGGUACGAGGAAGCGAUCUUUGCGCGCGAGGAAAUCUUCGGCAUCGUCCGACACGGACAAAGCAACAACAAGCAAAUCCUUGAGAUCUUCUAAGACGGAUUUAGAAGUAAAAGAACUAGAGCCUAAGAUAAACCGAAGACGCGGUAGUUCAAUGCCUAAGGAGAUCACGACCGGAAGAAGAAGUAGAUCCAGUAGUAUAAUAAAAGAAAUUAUUCCAGAAGUUACCGAACCUCCGCCGGAGGAGUCGAGAAGACUCAGAAGUUCCACUGCAAAGAAUACAGAUGAACAUAUUCGGCCUGCGACGCGUCGUCGAAGCGCAUCAAUAUUAUCGAUACCGGAAGAGCUGGAGGAGAUCUUGAGCCCAUCGAAAGAAAAGAAAUUGACCAGAAGCGAAACGCGAAGCAGCGCCAGAGAGAGAAGAGCACGUAGUGCCGAUGUGUUGCACAAGGAGGUGAAAAGGAGGACUAGAGCAACAAGUAUCGCGGAAUCAAUAGCGGAAGAGCCUGCGGAAAGUAAGGACAUGGUAGAAGUUACGCAGGAUGCCCCUGAACCUAGAAGAAAGACGGCACCGACGGCAAUCGUCGAAUUGGAUCGAAUCGAUGAAAAGGAACUGAAAGGAAGGCGACCUAGGCAGCGCAAUAUCAGUAGGAGUCAAGAAUCUAGCAGUCUAUUUUCUUUCUCGCAACCGGAGAACACAGACGAUGCGCCAAUAGAUGAGAAAGGUAUCGGGGAAGUUCCGAAGUUUGUGUUCUCCCCACCUCAAACCAGAUCCAGAACCAUAUCUCCAAAUCAGCAUCGUAGAAAAAUGAACUCGUUCAUACCGAGUCCUUAUCAGAAAGGAAUAGAACAGCCUACAAUCCAGAAAGAUCACGACGAUAACGACACAUCUGCUCGUUAUGCUCGUUUAGUUAAAACUACUUAUGGAUCGCGAUUUCGAUCAAAAUUCACUGUACCUAAAAGAUUUAAAAGUACAACAGAUUAAAAACAGGGCAUUUUUUGAAAAUUCAUAUAAAUUAUCACGUAUGUUUAGUUUGUAAAUUUUUUGAUAUUAUUUUAUAUGUUCCGUAUAUCUUUCUUCUGCAAUGGUUUUUUAAAUAAUAUAUAUAAGUACAGUGUUUCUCAAUUUUGUUGCGAUAUAUAGUGUGCAUGAAAAAAGAAGGAACCUUGAAACGUGUAUAAAAUUGUUAAUCAAUUUCGUCUAUGUUCUGACGGGAAUACAGUACAAAGCAGUUUUGCUGAUACGAUAAACAAUCGCGGAGUUUGAUGAACAAGAGAGAAAGAGAAUCUUAUAAUCAUGAAUUAAAUAUCUAAGCGACAAAUUCUAAACGUUUUGAGUUAAUCGGCAGUUAUAUGCUGGGACCAUAAAAUGAAAAGUUUCUGUUAUUAUGUAUCAUUACGUUCAUCAAUAUGGUCACAUAGUUUUGUUUCCUCUUUAUUUUAUGAAUGUGGCUAGAUUUGUUUUAAUGGAGUCCGGUACUAGGUAAAGUAAUUUGUUUUUUUUCUUGUGUAACUAGGAUAUAUUUUAAGUUGUGAAUAUAUUUAGGACAUGGGGUAAUCAACUAUAAGAGCUUAAAAUAUAUGCUAGUACAAUAUUGAUUAGAGGUAUUUUUUUUAAAUAAAAUAUAUACAGGAUGUGGAAUACUUAAUUACAGAAUUAUCAUACAUAAAUUUCGAAGUUGUGUCUGUAUGAAAAAUUGUUUACAAAAGUUACAUUUUUUGGAUUUGAGAGAGAUAUUGCAUAGUGUAUGUACUAUUUCUUGAACGUAGAAGCGUUUUGGAAAUUUGAAUCGACCUCGCUCUAUGGAAUGUCUUUUUGCCAAAUUCAAAGGAUAUCAAAUUCUGAAUAAAUAAUGUAUUAUUUGUAUCAUAUUUAAUAUUGAGUUGACCGGAAAGUCUUGCGUUUAAAUUUUUCGAUUGAAAAUAUCGCUUCGGAUAUUAUUAUUAAAAAAUAGAAAAAAGAGAAUUAAAAUCCAGUAAAACAGUGAAAAAAAGUAAGAAUAUGUUUCCAAUUUUAAAAACUUAACUUUUUGUUUUCAUAACGUGUGUACAUAACAUAUUAUACAUUAGAUUACAAUGUUUUUCGCAACAUGAUGUAACUUUUGUAUGCAAUUUUUUACACGGUUAUAUAAUUUUGAAAAUGUUCAAAAUGAUCAUUUUAGGUAUCUCACUCUGUAUAGAAUAUCGAGGAUUGUUUUCACAAUCUGUAAGCCCGUAUAGUUGACUCAUUAAACGUCAGUUGUAUGAUUGUCUUUCCUGCGAUUGACUUGGAUAUAGCAUGUUACUUUUAGAUGUAUCAAUACACGAACUGAAAACUAAAUGUACAGAAAUAAUAGCUACGAUUGAAACCUGUUAUGUCAAAAGGUAUAUAUCUUAAUGAUAAACUAUCAUUAAAAAAAUGUAUUAUAUUAAUCGUUCCGUAUUCUAUCUCUUUCUCUAAGGAUUACAAUAGUGCUCAUUCCGUUUACGUUUACGUUUUCAAAAGACUUACUGUCAGCAGUUAAUUUCUUUUCAACAUUAACAUGUUUGAAAAUUUCAAUUUGUAGCACAGGGUUCUCCGCUAUACUUUGCAUACAAUUCCCAUAGUAUUUUCGACAAGGCAAUGUAUUAUAACUUUGUAAAUAAUUUAUUAAUGUACUCAUGUAUAGUUGUAUUAAUACAAUAAAUGUGUAAAGCAAAA